AUGACUGAUCUUGAGGUGCCUGUUCAACGUACUCUUCGAAGACUCUUUCCAGGUACUCGGCUCGAGAAUGCAUUCCAAUGGCCAAUUGAGUCCUUAGAUGCUCUCGAAUCAUCUUUUAAUGUACAAGAAUAUCUUCAACAAUUAAUUCGUGCCGAUCGAAGCCAAGUAGAUAAACUUGUAGAGCUACCGAAAGGAGUUGAUGAUGAAGUGUGGCAAUAUGAGCAUCUUAGACAAGUAUGCUUGGAAUUGGGUCUUUUAGUGGUUGCACUAGCACCUGAAUGUACAGCAGAGAACUGCCCGGAAAUGAAAGCUGAGGGCUGGCUGUAUCUUUGCGCAGCUCACCCUGCUACACAAUCAUGUCCUGCUAUUGACUAUAUUAUUCAUACCCUUGAUGGAGCUACGACUUUAUUAAAUAAUGCGAAAUAUUUUCCCAGCCGUAUUUCUGUUCCUGAACCUUCAUUGAAGCAUUUUCAAUCUAUUGCAAGGCGUCUGUAUCGUAUAUUCGCUCAUGCUUAUUGCCAUCACAGAGAAAUUUAUGAGAUUUUCGAGGCAAGUAAUGAUACAUCACUCUAUGCACGGUUUAGAUUAUUGUCUCGCAAGUAUGAGCUUGUACCUCCUAAUCUUAUAACAAUUCCUGAUUCUGGGGAAGAGGAUGAAGAAGAAGAGGAAGAAGAGGGAGAAGAUGGAUAUUCUCGUAGUCCAAGAGCAUCACAUUCAACCCUUAAAGAGACAGAGUAAUACACAAAUCACUGUGAAUAAAGCAAAAAAAAAUGUGUGCCACCC